CAACACUACGUAAUCACAAAUCUAAGGCGAAAAGAGAAGGGCGAUUGGAGUCACUCGAUACUCGACCACGACAAACCUUACACGAACGCGAUCCGUAAUUACACCAUCUUCGCCAUUUGGACCUAACUCUGUGCGCCACUUUGGACAACAUGGUGCAACAACAUGGACACGCGCGCUUAGUGCGCCGUCAACGCGGUCGACAAGAGGAGGAGGACGACACUGUGGCAACGGUCAUCCAGGUAAUCACAGUACAGCCCGACACUACCACCCGCCGAGUGCAGACACUCGUUCCGCCCGCCGUAGCAACAAGGCCUUUUUCAUCUGCAACAGAAGACAACGACGAAAGGACCACAAGUACAAGGCCUACAGCAACACCUUCUUCAAGGAGACCAGCUUCGUCAACACAUACCACCGAGUCAAAGAUCGAGGAGUCAAAGACUGAGGAGACGUCUACAGCAAAGUCGAUCAAGGAUCAAUCCACUCUAGUGGUUGCGACGAAAUCUCCUGUUGCUUCAAGCUCAGCAUCGUUGGUGGGUGCCCUCGUUUCUGCCACAGCAUCUGCUACCGCAUCUAUUUCUGCUACCCCAUCAGCUGCCGCUUCGGAGGAGGAGGGCAUGUCUGGUGGUGCUAAGGCUGGUCUCGCCCUCGGAAUCCUGGUCGGAGUAGCUGCUUUGCUCGCUGGAAUUCUCUUCAUGUAUCGCCGUAAGAAGGACACGAUGGCUGGAGAGAAGGACAACGAGAAGAUCGGUAUGCAUAAUGCACCUGCACCGCUGCCUCCGCAGGUGCCCACUGGUGCCGCCGUUGCUGCUCCCAGUGUUCGUACCCUGUCCAGCGCACCCCGUCUCAGCCUUCGACCAGUCACUCAAUUCGACCCUACCUUCAACGAGCAGCGUAAGAGCGGAGGAAACUUGCUAUCUGUCGCUGCCGCUGCGGCUCCUGCUGCUGCUGCCGCUUCCCGGAAUCGCACGGCACCAUCCGAUGAGCGUCCUGUCAGCGCCUGGGAGCGUCGUGGAGCUGCCAACGUCGUCACUGACGCUGCGCCUGCGCCUGCUGUCAAUCCGUUCAACGAUCCUCAAACACCGGCGAGCAGCCAAGCUCCAGCAAACCCAUUCGGCAAUAGCGCUGCUCUUGAUGCCGCACAUGCAUCCAUCCCUGACUCGCCCCCACAAGCACAACCCGACCGUUCGACCGGCCCGAGUUCUGACCUGGAUGCUCGUCUCGCCCCAGCGCCCACUGCUGCGCCCGCUGCACCGGCUGCCCCCGCCGCACCCGUCGCACCCGCUACUCUUGAGCUCGACGCUGCUCCAGUAGCUACCGCAAUGUCUAGUCUGCCCGUGUCAGAGCAUGAAUUUCCCGCGCCCCCAAGCGUUCACGCCAAUGGUGUCCCACCAAGCCCGGCGUGGACAGAAGAUAUUCCCUCUUCAGCCCCGUCGUCACCCGCUAUGGGUACACCAAUGAUUGCAGAUGCCGCUGGUGUCAUGGUUGCUGGUCGUCCCAACGGUUCUCCUGCAGGCCCGAACAACGUCCACCGCGUCCAGCUUGACUUCAAGCCUUCUAUGGGUGAUGAACUUGAGCUCAAGGCAGGCACGCUGGUUCGCAUGCUCCACGAGUACGAUGACGGAUGGGCUCUCUGUAUUAGCAUGGACCGCUCACAGCAGGGUGUUGUGCCCAGGACCUGCGUAUCUAAGCACCCCGUCAAGCCACGUACAGGGCCACCUCGUCAAGGACCUCCACCACCACACAUGCGUGGACCUCCCAUUCGCUCGCCUAUGGGACCCGGGGGCAUCCCUCAGCCUCGUCCAAUGUCGCCUGCCGAAGGUCGCAGCUCGCCUCUUCCGCCUGCCCUCUCACCAUCCAACGGCCGCAUGUCCCCCGGCCCUCGCCAAAUGGCUUUCCCUCCUCCGCAAGGUCCUCCUCGUAACCGCGCCCACAGCAAUGCCCCUUACCCUGGGUCGCCACAGGCACGCGGUCGCUCGAACAGCAACGCACCGUACGCCGCCCCUCAGCGCUCGAUGUCUCCCGGUCCCUACGGAGGUGGCCCCAUGGCCCCCCCACCUCAAAUGGGUCGCCCGAGGUCAAACUCCGCCAGUCAGGUCAACGGCGCCCGCCGCGGACCCGCGCCUGGACCCAGCCCGAUGAACCCCAACGCCGGCCCCAUGCCAGCCCCACUGGGCGGUGCCGUUCCCAGUAGGAAACCGGUUCCCGGUAUGGCUCUGUAAACCCUGCGUUAGCGAUCUCUUAUGAGGACAUGUCGAGCAUUUUUUGCGAUUUCGUUUCCGGUCAAGUCACUCGUUUUCACCUCUGACCUGAACUCUUAUUUACCUUCUACCACUAUACCACUGCUUGUGGCAAGAUCUACAGACCGUCACGAUACACAACGGCGCAGUGCGAACCU